CCGGCCCCUCAUCCCUCUGAGUGGGUUUCUGAGGAAUGCUGGAACGGGAUGGAGGAGUUCCAAAAGGGGGAGUGACGAGCGAGAGAGAGAGAGAGAGACAGACAGAUACUAGGAGGGAGAGAGGGAGAGAGAGAGAGAGAGAGAGAGGGGAGAGAGAGAGAGAGAGGGAGAGAGAGAGAGAGAGGGAGAGAGGGAGAGAGGGAGAGAGUCUAUAUAUACAUCCCAAAGAGGCUGGUGCUCACAGGCACAGCUGGACUACUGGACUACUGGAUAACUGGAUAACUGGACUCUAUCCCACUGGAUAUUUAACUAGAAAGGCACCACCAAGGUCUCUGGCUGUGGAAAUCAUAUUAGCUUAGUUAGCGUGAUAAAACAUAGUGCAAAGAUGAACAGUGUGGCAGAUUGGCUCGUCCAGAACAGGGACAAGAUUGAGAAAGGUGUGGAGAUCAUGGGGCAAGCCUCCGAGGUGCUCGCUUCCACAGUGGGCCAGCUUCAUCCCGUGCUGGAGGCCGUGUUCGUGGCUUCGGCCGAGCUUCUCAGCAACCCGGAUGGCAAAGAGGCUCGCUACCUGACCCAACAAUUUGAAAUCGUCAACCAGCAACUCGAGGGAAUCCAAGAUGAGAUCGAUAAAAUUGCCCUAGAGCUGCAGAAGACGUCGAUGAACAAGCAGAACUUUGAUCGAGAGGCACAGAUGCUCAGCCAGUACGAAAAGUUCCAGGACUUCGUCAACGCCAAGCCGAAGUUCCGGGAGAAGAAGAUGCAGAAGUUCCUCAGCCAUUACGAGAACACAGAGAGCGACUUGAACUUGGACUCGCUUUACAAUUCCGUCACCGGGGAGAACACCUCAGGAGACCCUCUGCUGGAAACAGUAGUCGCCACAGAGCAGAGAAGCAGACGAGCAGUUGAGGAUUUCUGUGCCCGACUGAAGAAGCUUUUUGUAGUGGGCAUUAUCGCCGUCAUGGGCCAUGCUGCCCUCAAGGAAGGGGCAGUGGGCGAGGACAUGGUGAAGAAGUGGCAGGGACGCAUGGAGGACGUGGAGAACCUAAUGAAAGCCGCAGUGGAUGACUGUACAGAGAACUUUGCAGAGCAAGCCAAGAUGGACAUGGAGCAACAGCUUCAGGAGAAUUCCGGCACUGUUGACGCCAACUUGACCAAAUCCCUCCUGGAUUCACUUGUUAAGAAAUACGACUGGGUGAACUGGUCCAUCAGGGCCUUCAGCGACAAGGAGCGCGUUUUCUUUUUCAACUGGCUGGCAGGAAAGAAGUACCACGGCAGCGGAGGCGCCAACUGGUUUGAUGUUUUGACCAAGAACAAGAUCAAAGUGGUGGUCUCCUUCUGUGUCAACCCCAAGCCCAUCAACAAGAGACAGAUCCAGGAGCAGCUGGAGGUGCAGAAGAUGAAGGGGAACAUGAUGACGGUGGCUCUGACUUUGCACAAGAGCUUACCCAACUGCCUGGUCCACGCUGUCAGCCAUUACAAGGAGGUGGUGGAGACCAACAACUUCCAUGAGGAUUGUUACUACUUUGGAAAAGACAAGAGAGCCUACCUGUGUAUCCACCCUGAGUAGGCCAAGAGGAAAAUAUACACAUAAACUGUAGCUGCCUACACGAAGAAUCAAGCUACAAAUACAUUCAUGAAUGUCCGGAAAUCAGAUAAAUCAGAUAAAGACAUUUAGUCGUAAAUAUAUAUUAUUUUUUGGGUGAUAAUGUUAAUUUCUCUGCUUUUAAAAGUCCUUAAUUAAGGUAAAACCUGAUCUCAUUGGGACUUUAUACCCACUGCUCAAGCUACAGAAUAAGAUAAGCAGCGAACAAUCAUCAACGAGGAUCUGAUAGAAGUUCUGUCACUUAUAUUUUCCACAAAACUGCCCAUGAUACUGACUGAGGAAGCACUUUCCCUCCGUCCCUGUCCUCUCUGCUGGUGUGUCGCUGGACGCCAGGUUCACUGUGACCCGGAAACAUCUGGAGAGCGGAGCGGGAAACCCAGAGUUACUCAGACUGAAAACACCUUCAAACCAAAACCAGAGGCGUUCCCGCUAGAAAACAUCUGCUGACAUCAUCACUACAAUUACUCAAAGGAGGAAUUUAGAGACGAAGAGAAAGUGACAAUUUUAAAUCUUGGUGUGGAGACUGAAAAUCGCCACAAUUAUUGGAUGGAUUGGCAGGAAAUGUUGUCCAGACUUUCAUGUUCCACGUGAAUGAUGAUGAUCAUUCAUGACCCCAUUAGGAUUAAUUCUAACAACUUUGAUGCCCCAACUCAUGACUCAUGACUCCUGACACACCCCGUCCUGAUUCCAGGUGUAAACAGGGUCUAACGGUUCAUUCUUUGCUCAUUCAUUUACGUGGUUUGCUUUUGGUUUGAUGCUGAUAUCUUAUGAAAGAUUUAUUAUCACUUUUUUAUGUGAGCACGCUGCGAUAUUAAGGUUUUAACUUUCUUCUGCGGCUGCAAGAAAGUAGUGAUGAAAUAUUUGCAAUAAGCAGAAGUGAAUGUUUUACUCUAUAACAACAAAUCAUUUUACAUGGAUUAUUUUUCUCAAUGCCAGCUGGUAAUGAGAUUUUUAAAUCACACAGUGGACAGAUGCUAUUUCAGCAGUUUACACAUCAGCAGCUCAUCAGGAUUUCUCUGCACAUUUAAAUAUAUCCUCUCCUAGCGUUCAAAUACCUGCAGUUUCGAGGGAAAUGAUAAUAAUCUGGACACGGACCAACUUUCUCUCUGCCUCUGGCGACAUGUACAGGACAUGAGAGAAACUGUCAGUGGGCAUGUAGUACACAAAACAAAACCAAUUAGGUUGUGCAGUUUUGUGCAGUUUGUGCAACAGUAAGCACGAUAAAUUGGCACCGAGUCCGGGUUUGAGCAGCUCAUUAACAUUUUGCAGAGCUCUGUUUAAAGCUCUGCCAAAAUGAAGCCUUGUAUUUCAGGCUUAGCGUCUUUAUCUGCCUGUUUCAGCUUCUGUCUUAUGAUCGUUCAUCUCUCUCUAAUGCUCUCCGGUAUAGUGCUAUUGAUGUUCUCAAACACCACCAACCCGCUGUUUCCAGAAAACACUGUGUAUCUUCUGCCCUGUGAUGAGCCACCGGGGGCUUUUCCUGGGAGCUUUGACAAGGUCAAAAAGAUAAGACGUGGUCAAUAUAGCUUCCUUGGACGAGGAAGUCAUUCAUCAUUUAUCCAGACAAACAAGAGAGAGCACGGCCUCUGGGACUGGAUCUUGUCAUUAUGUUUAUUAUCAUCAGAGAGAAAACAGCAAUGAAAAAUUUAAUAAAUGUAUCAAUAAAGAAAUUACAUUUUG